CGUGAGCACCGCGUUCGGUGUGAGCCACAACAGCCCUGCGCGUAUUUCAGGCGGUAGAGAUUGGAUGCUGAUGGGGGACGAAAAGGACACCUGGAAAGUGAAAACUCUUGAUGAAAUCCUACUAGAGAAAAAGCGCAGAAGAGAAUUAGAAGAGCGGACAGACCCCAAACACCAAAAAGAUUUCACACAGGGUCCUGUUUCACAGGCGGAUGAUCGGGAAUCCAAACGGGACACUCCGGAGGAAGGAGAACUACGGGAUCAAAGGAUGGAAAUAACAAUUCGGAAUUCCCCGUACACCCGGGAGGACUCGACAGAGGACAGAGGAGAAGAAGACGAAUCACUAGCAAUCAAACCACCACAGCAAAUAGCCAGGAAGGACAAGUCUCACCACAGAAAGGAGGAGAAGAGAAAAGAUAAAAGACGCCAUCGCAGUCACUCUGCUGAAGGAGGGAAACAUAUUCGGCCAAAAGAGAAAGAAAAGGAGCGAGAGAGUGAUCGCAGGAAGCGUCAGUGGGAGGAAGACAAAGCUCGGCGAGACUGGGAGCGUCAGAAACGACGGGAACAGGCCAGAGCUCACUCACGCAGAGAGAGGGAUCGGCUGGAGCAGCUGGAACGUCAGCGGGAACGCGACCGAAAGCUGCGUGAACAGCAAAAGGAGCAGCGCGAGAUGAAGGAUCGAGAGAGGAGAGCUGAGGAACGACGCAAAGACCGAGGAGACCGACGCCAAGUUCCGUCUCACCAUCGAGCGCAGCCCGAUGAGUACGAGGACAAAAUGAAACAAAGCCACCGAAGCCGCAGUCCCACUCGAGCUCCCAGAGACCGGCUGGACCACAGUGAACCGCGCAAGAGUUCAGCAUCAAAAGAGGAGAAGCCUGAAAUUAAAGACCUGCUGGCAGACCUGCAGGAUAUCAGCGACAGCGAAAGGAAGACCAGCACUGCAGAGUCCUCCAUGGGAUCAGCAUCAGGCUCUGACGAAGAGGAGGAAGAGGAUGAUGAUGAGGGGUCCAGUAGCCAGAGUGAAGGCGAGGAGGAGGAAGAAGAGGAGGAGUCAGUGUCCGGGUCAGCGCGGUCUGAGCAGAGUGCAGAAGAUGUGAGUGAGGAUGAGCACUCCGAGGAAGAGUUUGAAGAGGAGAGGGAAAAUGGAAACCACGUACCUGCAGUGCCAGAGUCCCGCUUUGACCACGACUCUGAGGAGAGCGGUGAAGAGAUGGAGGAGGAAGAAGAGGAGGAGGAGGAGACUGCGGGGGAGGGCGACCCCACACCCCAGUCUCAGACUCAUUCCAGAUCCCCCACCCCAGAGGAGAACUAUGUCCCUGACUCCCCCCCCAUCUCACCUGUGGAACUGAAGAAGGAGCUGCCCAAAUACCUGCCUGCUUUACAGGGCUGUCGCAGCGUUGAAGAAUUCCAGUGUCUGAACCGAAUCGAGGAGGGGACCUACGGUGUCGUGUACAGAGCCAAGGACAAAAAGACCGAUGAAAUCGUAGCCUUGAAGAGACUAAAGAUGGAGAAGGAGAAAGAGGGCUUCCCCAUCACAUCUCUGAGAGAAAUCAACACAAUUCUGAAAGCUCAGCACCCCAACAUCGUCACUGUACGGGAAAUAGUUGUGGGCAGCAACAUGGACAAGAUCUACAUAGUGAUGAACUAUGUGGAACACGACCUGAAGAGUUUAAUGGAAACCAUGAAGCAGCCCUUCUUACCAGGUGAAGUCAAGACUCUGAUGAUUCAGCUGCUGCGGGGGGUCCGACACCUCCACGAUAACUGGAUUCUGCACCGGGACCUGAAGACCUCCAAUCUGCUGCUCAGCCACAAGGGGAUCCUCAAGAUCGGUGACUUUGGUUUGGCCCGGGAGUACGGUUCCCCUCUGAAGCCCUACACCCCUGUGGUGGUCACCCUGUGGUACAGGUCUCCAGAGCUGCUGCUGGGCGCCAAGGAGUACUCCACAGCUGUGGACAUGUGGUCAGUGGGCUGCAUAUUUGGAGAGCUGCUCACCCAGAAACCUCUGUUCCCUGGAAAAUCUGAAAUCGACCAAAUUAACAAGAUCUUCAAGGAUUUGGGCUCACCCAGUGAGAAGAUCUGGCCCGGCUACAGCGAACUGCCCGCUGUGAAGAAGAUGACUUUCACAGAGUAUCCCUACAACAACCUGCGAAAGCGCUUCGGAGCGCUGCUCUCAGACCAAGGCUUCGACCUCAUGAACAAGUUCCUCACCUACUGCCCCGCUAAGAGGAUCCUGUCGGACGAGGCGCUCAAACACGAGUACUUCCGGGAGACGCCGCUGCCCAUCGACCCGUCCAUGUUCCCCACCUGGCCGGCCAAGAGCGAGCAGCAGAGGGUGAAGAGAGGCACCAGCCCCCGGCCCCCCGAAGGGGGCCUGGGAUACAGCCACCUGCUUCCAAUGAAGACGGGAAAUAACGGAAAAACAGCCGUCCACGCUGCGCUCACAGUGGAGUCUGAGGAUUCAGACCAACGCUGA